GCUUAAAAAUGUGCAUUUUUGGAAAUGUUUUUAGCUGUUACUUCUGGUUGCUAAACGUGAAAAGAAGAAGAAAAUCAGUCCUUAGUACUGUUCUGUUUAGCUUAUUUUCUUCCUUUUUUUUUUUAGGCUGCCAAACAGAAAUAUCACAUGCUUCUUCCUCACAUUUUGCAUGCUUUUUUUUUUUAAUUCAUCUAUGCUGGAUUUGUAGGAGAACAUUUAUUUUUUAUUAAGUUCAAGAGGUAGAAUGUAUAUGAUUCAAUAAAGAAUGAAAUUAAUUGUUAGAUUGAGAAUAACAAUUUUUUUAAUCCUUCCUUUUAAGAUUACUUGAUUGUUUUAUGAAAUAUUAGUAAUAAAUAUGAACCCAUAAGGCGUUUUCAUUUGUUGGUUAACCCCUCGUAUCCACAGACUUCCUUUUCCCCUUCGGAAAGUUUUUCGUCGGUUUUUGUGGGCUUUAUAAAUGAACUGUGACACCAAUAAAAAACUCCCGCCUUUUGACAUUUAGCGUCAAAUGAUGGCAACCCAUGAAGCUUCCUUGAAAUUUCUCAUCCUGUUGUCAUAUCUCAAAAUACAAAAGGAAAUUAAUUAUAGAUUGUCUUAAAGCUAUAUUGGAAUAUAAGAUAUUUGACCAAGUGUGGCAAACUUGGUGGUAGGGGCUAAGAUAUAAAGAUGAGCUGUUGAAGUGUUAGAUCUUCUAAUGGAAUUAUUUUGAUUCUUAUCCUCAUAUCUUUUGGUGUCUGUCCCACGUCAAAUUUCUUUAGUUGAUUAUCUUUUGCCAUUGAGGGCAUCGAACCUGCUGGCCCCAUUGUUUUUUAAUGGGCACAUUCCGCGUAUUUUAACUGUUUUCUGGCAGUCAUUAUGUUGAAAUGUUCUAUCAAUUUAUAUUAUGUUUCCAAACAUGAAAAUUUCUAUGCCCGCAUCAAUGAUGUGAAUGCGAAUUGUUAGAAUUUGGAAAAAAAGGAAAAAAUUCGAGUUGCUUUAUACGUCAAAAAAGCAGCUCUGCAGUUCAUUGAUGCUGCCACAGCAGCUGAUGCAGCAGGUGGUUUGCCAGCUGAACACAAGCUUUCAGACGAGGUCAGAGAAGCAGGCUUUGGAAUUGAACCAAAUGAACUUGCAUCUAUUGCUCAUGACCAUGAUAUUAAGGCUUUAAGAGCCAAUGGUGGAGUUGAAGGGAUUGCACUGCUAGUUUCUGUCUCACUGAAAGAUGGCAUCCAUCAGAGCAGUAUACCUAACAGGCAAAAGAUUUAUGGGUGUAGGAAUUGCUACUGAAGGAUGGCCAAAGGGCAUGUAUGAUGGUUUAGGAAUCAUACUCAGUGUAUUCUUGGUAGUCAUGGUUACUGCUAUUAGCGACUAUAAGCAGGCCUUGCAAUUCAGGGACCUGGACAAGGAGAAAAAAAAGAUUUAUAUCCAAGUAAUAAGGGAUGGGAGAACGCAAGAAGUCUCCAUUUAUGACUUGGUUAUUGGAGAUGUUGUUCAAUUAUCUACUGGAGACAUAGUUCCAGCUGAUGGGAUUUACAUAAUAGGAUAUAGCUUAGUGAUUGAUGAGUCAAGCUUGUCAGGGGAGAGUGAACCUGUGAAUAUAGAUAACCAAAAACCUUUUCUUCUCUCGGGAACCAAAGUGCAAGAUGGUUCAGGAAAGAUGCUAGUGACAGCUGUUGGUAUGAAAACCGAAUGGGGAAAAUUGAUGGAAACUCUGAAUGAGGGUGGAGAAGAUGAGACCCCACUACAGGUGAAGCUGAAUGGUGUUGCUACAAUUAUCGGAAAAAUUGGUGUGGCUUUUGCUGUGCUUACAUUUUUGGUAUUGACUGUGCGGUUUUUGGUGGAGAAAGCACUUCUCAAGGAAUUCACACAUUGGUCUUCACAUGAUGCAUUCACACUUCUGGACUACUUUGCUAUAGCAGUAACUAUAAUUGUUGUUGCUGUUCCUGAAGGAUUACCGUUGGCAGUGACUUUGAGUCUUGCCUUUGCAAUGAAAAAAUUGAUGUAUGACAAGGCAUUAGUCAGGCAUCUUGCUGCAUGUGAGACAAUGGGUUCUGCUAGUUGUAUUUGCACUGAUAAAACAGGGACCUUAACUACUAACCACAUGGUAGUUGAUAAAAUAUGGAUAUGUGGAAAAGCUAAAGCUAUUAACAACAAUAGCAGUGAGGACAUUUUGGGAUCGGAAAUAUCUAAAAGUGUCUUGAGCAUCCUUCUGCAGGUUAUAUUUCAAAAUACAGGCUGUGAAAUAAGUAAGCUCGAAGAUGGACGGAUGAAAAUUUUGGGAACACCAACUGAAAAAGCACUAUUAGAAUUUGGCUUUCUUUUGGGUGGUGAUUUGGAUUCACAUCGCAAAGCGUUUCAGAUACUCAAGGUUAAGCCUUUCAAUUCAGUCAGGAAAAAGAUGUCUGUGCUUGUAGCUCUUCCUGAAGGGGGAUUGUGGGCAACUUGCAAAGGCGCAUCUGAAAUUGUAUUAACAAUGUGUGACAAGGUUAUUGAUGAUAGUGGAAAAGCUGCUAACCUGUCUGAAGAACAGACCAGGAAUAUCUCAGAUGUUAUAAAUGGCUUUGCCUCUGAAGCUCUGAGAACCCUGUGCUUGGCUUUUAAAGAUCUAGAUGAUAAUUCUGAACAAAGCGACAUCCCUGAUUUUGGCUACACAUUGGUAGCCAUCAUUGGAAUCAAGGAUCCAUUGCGACCUGGAGUCAAGGAUGCAGUUCGAAUUUGUUUAGAAGCUGGAAUUACUGUUCGUAUGGUAACUGGCGAUAAUAUAAAUACAGCUAAAGCUAUAGCCAAAGAAUGUGGCAUACUUACUGAGAAUGGCUUGGCCAUAGAAGCACCAGACUUUCGUAGGAAGACUGCUGAGGAGAUGAGGGGCAUCAUACCAUAUAUCCAGGUGAUGGCUCGAUCUUCACCUGCGGACAAACACACCUUGGUAACUAAUUUGAGGAAUAUGUUUGGAGAAGUUGUAGCAGUAACUGGAGAUGGGACCAACGAUGCUCCAGCUUUGCAUGAGGCAGACAUUGGACUUGCAAUGGGGAAAUCAGGAACGGAGGUUGCAAGAGAGAAUGCAGAUGUCAUUAUAAUGGAUGACAAUUUUACAACCAUCGUAAAUGUUGCUAAAAGGGGACGAGCUGUCUAUAGAAACAUUCAAAAGUUUGUGCAGUUCCAGCUAACAGUUAAUGUAGUAGCUCUUGUAAUCAAUUUUGUCUCUGCAUGCAUCUCAGGGUCUGCUCCUUUAACUGCUGUGCAGUUGCUUUGGGUCAACAUGAUAAUGGACACCCUUGGUGCAUUGGCACUAGCAACAGAACCUCCUGUUGAUGAAUUGAUGAAAAGGCCUCCUGUAGGCAGGGGUGAAAGCUUCAUUACAAGGGCCAUGUGGAGGAAUAUAUUUGGCCAGAGUAUUUAUCAACUGGUUGUACUUGCCAUUCUCAAUUUCGAUGGGAAGCGCCUAUUAGGACUGAGUGGCUCAGAUGCCACUAAAACUGUCAAUACUUUGAUAUUCAACUCCUUUGUUUUUUGCCAGGUCUUCAAUGAAAUAAACAGCCGCGACAUAGAGAAGAUAAAUGUAUUCCAGGGCAUAUUCAGCAGCAAGAUAUUUGUAGCUGUUAUUGUUUCAACAGUGACAUUCCAAGUAAUCAUAGUGGAGUUCUUGGGAACUUUUGCAAGCACUGUGCCACUAAGCUGGCAACUAUGGCUUCUCAGCGUCUUAAUCGGAGCAGUUAGUGUGCCGGUCGCAGUUGUCGUCAAGUGCAUACCUGUCCACAGACGCGCUGCAGAGCACCAUGAUGGCUAUGAUGCUCUAUCUACUGGUCCGGAACUCACUUGAAAAAGCUGGAAUCAUCAAGGUUGGUAUUCUAGGUUUGAAAGUUUUGAAACUACAGAAAUAGUAAAUGAAUAGAAGUGUUUUUGAACUUUUGCCCAAGCUCAUAUUGCUUGCUUCUUGUGCACUAAGACAGUAUUUAUGUUUAUAUAUAUAAAUUAUUUAUUUUUUCCUCA